UUCACUUGUUUUUUAAUUGGCCACUAUUUCCCCUUCAAUCAUCACCCCCUUCGAUCCUCGCUCUUCGAUCUUCAACCGCAACCCCAAAAUGGAUCCGAGCCACUCGACCCCCUCUCACGCCCACGGCCACCACCAGAACCCCAGCUCCAGCGACCUCAUGGCCAGCGCCAAGCUCGUCGCGGAGGCCGCCAAGUCGACCUUCAGCCACGAGUCCGACAAGAUCGACCGGGCCAGGGUCGCCGGAGCAGCCUCCGACCUCCUCGACGCCGCCUGCCACUACGGCAAGCUCGAGGAGAAGAGCUUCGGCAAGUACGUGGAGAAGGCCGAGGACUACCUCCGCCAGUACGGCUCCUCCCACCCCUCCGCCGCCACCGCCGCCGCCGGCGGCCACCACCCCGCCCCGCAGCACGCGGGAGCCCCUGCUGCCGCGGCCGCGGCGCCCCACCACUCGUCGGCCCACUCCGGAGGCGAGGAGCACUCCGGGAGUGGCGGGCACGGGGAUUACCUGAAGAUGGCCCAGGGGUUCCUCAACUCCGGCGGCAAAGAACACUCCGGGAGCGGCGGGGGAUACGGGGAUUACAUGAAAAUGGCUCAAGGAUUUCUCAAGAAGUAGUGGUCAUCGCUAGUAAUUACAGAGUUAGCCGGUGAAUCUUAAGUAGUGUGCGAUGUGUUGGGUUGCUCUGCUUCUCUCUGUCUUUCUCUCUCUCUGUUUGUGUAAUUUGUGUUUGUGUUUGUGUUGACUUUUGAAUUGUGAUUGUAAUUGGCUGAAUCGUAUAUUGCUGAUUUUCCGAUCAUGCAAAAGAUCCGAUGCCUGCUUGA